AUGGCCACCGCCGAAAAGACAGAGAAGCAGAAGCAGUUCCAAGUACCAGAUGACGAGUCUGGUGAGGACUAUGAUAGUGCCGAUGAUUAUACGGACGAUGAUGACCAGAACCCUUCCGCCAAGAACAAUCAGCUUCAACGUCGCCGUCGGCCACAACAGGCCAAGCAACAAGAUGAUCUCGAUGAAUACUCGGACGAAGACGACUACUCGGAUGAAUAUUCUGACGAGUAUUCCGAUGACGAGGAUGUCAUGCAACCCAGAAGAGCCAUGCAGCCAUAUAAUGGUAACCAGGGCGACCAUAUUCCGGAUGGUGACUUUAACGUGAUUGACGAAAAGGGAAAAGACAUUGAUGAGGAGGAAGGCAUGAAGUUGAAGAUCGAGUUGAAUUUGGAGAUUGAAGUGGAACUCAAGGCCCGCAUUCAUGGUGACUUGACCCUCGCUCUAAUGUAA